AGGUCUUCAUUCGUUCUCCAGAGACAAACCGCACCAGUCGUACUUGAUCAAAAAUCCGUAUUGUACGCCAGUGAUUAACAUGAGCGAGAUGGACAUGGAAGAUGAGACAACAAACGGCACAGUGAUGCAGAAGAAGUUCAGUAUGCAAGCCUGCAAUGUGUUAUCGGAGCUGAGGAAGAAGGGGGAGCUGUGUGAUGCUGUGAUCAGAGUGGAGAACACGACGUACAACAUCCACAGGGCCAUCAUGUCCGCCUGCAGCCCCUACUUCCGGGCCCUCUUCACCAACCAGAUGUUUGACACAAACAAGAGGGAAGUCACAAUCCCCGGAGUGUCCUCUGACAUUAUGCACAUCAUCAUCGAGUACGCCUACACGAGGGACAUCAAGAUUGACAGAGACAACGUUGAACAACUUCUCCCGGCGGCUGACCAGUUCCACGUCACCGGCCUCAUCAGACUCUGCUGCGACUUCCUUCUGAGGGAGAUGUGUGCAGAAAAUGUUAUUGGAAUCCGAGCAUUUGCCCGGGCGUAUUUCUGUCACAGCUUAGAACGGCAUGCAUUACGCUACCUCCUGCAACACAUCGGCGUGGUCUACGCCAACAGCAACGAGUUCCUUCAGCUGGACGUCGAGGAGGUCUGCGAGAUUUUGGGAUCCGAUGACCUCAAUGUAAAAAAUGAGGAGAUCGUUUUUGAUGCUGUCCUUCGCUGGAUAGAUUUUGAUCCCGAAAAACGCAAAUGUCAGAUUGCACGGCUACUGAAAACAAUCCGUCUUGGACUCCUCACAACACAGUACUUCGUGGAGAAGGUGAAGUCCCACCCCUAUGUCAAGGAAAUAGAUGCAUGUAAACCAAUCAUCAUUGAGACCCUGAAGUUCCUGUAUGACCUGGACAUGGAUGAAGACAAGGAGGUCGACCUCAACAACCCUCUCGCCAAACCUCGCGUGCCUCACGAGAUCUUGUUUGUAAUUGGUGGGUGGAGUGGGGGGUCUCCCACUAACAUGGUGGAAACGUAUGACACGCGGGCAGACAGGUGGAUUGUCUCAAACAACGUUGACACCGGUCCUCGCGCCUACCACGGCACCGUAGCCCUCGACCAACACAUCUACGUCAUAGGCGGCUUUGACGGCAUGGAAUACUUCAACAGCGUCAGGGUUUUCAACCCCAUCAACAGUCAGUGGACGGAGGCAGCACCCAUGAAUGCAAAGAGAUGCUAUGUCAGCGUGGCUGUUCUUGACAAGUUUAUCUACGCCAUGGGGGGAUUUGAUGGUCACGUGCGACAGAACACAGCCGAGAGGUACUUGAAGAAAAACAACCAGUGGAGUCUGGUGCAGCCCAUGAACCACCAGAGGAGCGACGCCAGCGCCACCACUUUGGAAGGUAAAAUUUACAUCUGCGGAGGGUUUAACGGACAGGAGUGCCUGAACACGGCGGAGUGUUUCGACCCCAUCACGAAUCAGUGGACUCUCAUCACCCCCAUGCGCAACAGACGGAGCGGCGUCGGGGUGAUCGCCUACAGGGGCUGCGUGUACGCCCUUGGGGGUUUCAACGGCAUCACGCGGAUGAAUACAGGCGAGAGGUUCAACCCGCAGACCAACACCUGGCAGACGAUCCCUGAGAUGUACAACCCUAGGAGCAACUUUGCUAUCGAGGUUAUUGAUGAUAUGAUCUUCUCCAUUGGAGGCUUCAACGGCGUCACCACCAUCUUCAACGUCGAGUGCUACGAUGCCAGUACCGAUGAGUGGUAUGACGCCACAGACAUGAACCUGUAUCGAAGCGCACUUAGCGCAUGCGUAGUUAAGGGUCUUCCAAACGUCCAGGACUUCAUCCACAAAGAGCGCGACAAGGAUGAAUCAAAGCGGAAGAAGACCAACUAAGAUGGACGAACUUCCGGUCACGUGGAUUAAUAUAUGAAAUGUGAUAACGUUUAUGUGAUAUUGUUUAUGAAUUGAAAUGUUUACUUUUAUAUAGAACGUCUUGAAAAAUACCACCCUAUACGUAAAGAGGCAAUUGUAAAAAUGUAUGUUUUGCUCAGCAUAAUAUUUUUGAUGGAUAUUUUUGAGAGUUUGUUCAUGAUAAUAUGUUGUAAGGAUUGUCGUACCAGUAGAGUAACCAUGUUUCUGUUGUAGAUUCUUAAAUCUUCUGUCAAAAAGUAUGCUAUACGUAGAACUAUCACUAUAACACUAUAACUAGAACAUAGCGUAGAUCAAUACUUCGUAAUACGAUGUCUCAUUAAUUUAUGAAUAAAUAAUCACCUAAAUACUCGUA